CUAAACAUUUUGAGAGAAACAUUUAAAUCACAUUUUUACAUCGCCGUUUUAAUUGUAAACAAUUUACUUUUUCAUCAAUUCACUUUUACAAUUUAACUUAAUUGUGUAUCUUCAAGUCUUUUAACUGUUUGGUGUUCGAUUGUUUUCUUUUGAUCGAACGUUUUAAAUAUUCUCUUUUUCGAACGUUUUUUCUUUAUUUACGUUUUGUUUUUGUUUCUUGUUCUUCUUUCCUGUCAACAAACACACGAGGAGUUUAAUUGAUCUUGUGGAUUUUUUUCUUCUUCUUCUCAUCUUUUAAUUAAUUUUGAGAUUUUCUUUUUUUGGUGGUUUUGCUGCUUGUCAACUUGGUUUUGGUUUUCUUUCUGAGUGACUUUUUGUUUCUCGAUUUUUCUGGAUUUUUACCGUUUCUCUUUUUUUCUUUUCACUUGUUUUUUCCUGGUGGUUUUCUUGUUCUGCUGUUUUCGUUUGCUCUCAUUUUUCUCAUCAAUCUGGCCAAAUAUCGGCACAUGAUCAGCUACUAAUCAGUGGGCCAUGCUGUUCCAUAAUUGUGGUGAUCGCAAUUUGAAUUUAGACUUAACCGCCAGCUUACCCUUUACCCAAUCAACUUAUUUCUCAAGACACUCUGGUAUCUACAAAGAUCCUUGUAAAAUAAUCUCUAAAUUUGUUGAUUUUGACGAACCAACGGAAUCUGAUCGAUACAUUGGUGAUCUAUCUAUUGACGAAGAUCUCGAGAAAGAGAUUGAAGUUGGCUUUUUUGAUAAUCUAAAAACACCUUCAGAAGAGUUGAAAGGUUUCACUCCAAUCGACGAAUCAAACCCAUUGGUCUCUGGUUUAAUUGCCGCUGUUACUGCUGCUUAUAAUUCAACAACUACACCUACUUCACCGACACCAUCGUCUGCAGCUUUCUUUAUUACUUCUGACGCAAUCAAAUCAACAGAAAAUUCAUUGAUUGUUCCCUCCUCUUCUUCCUCUUCUUCCUCACUUCCUUCAUCAUUAUCUACAACUCCAUCAAUCACACCUUCACCAUCUCCUUUACCCUCGGCAGCCACUUCUACAAUAUCAGUUAUCUCUGAUACUGAGAUGGAAGAAGAUCGUAAAUCUAUUCAUGUAUCUCAUCACCUGUCACAUUUACAAGUUAAACAAACAUCAAACAAUAAUACUGAUUCUCUGAUGACACCAAUCAUUGAUCCUAACGCAUCCACAAGUGAACCUCAUUUCCCAACUUUCGAUAACGAUAAUGUUUUCGGUCAAUAUUUACAAGAGUUGACUCAAGCUGUUUCCUGUGACAAUCAAUCUCAACAAUUACAGGCUCAAGAUAUUAAGCCAGCUUUUGGUUUGGCGCCAUCACCAGUCAUGUAUACUGAUCGUUCACAUCAUCAUCACCAACACCAACACCACCACCACCAACAACAACAACACCAACAUCAACAUCAACAACAGUUACAACAACAACAACAUUCACUUGAUCAAUCAUUGUCGAUAUCAACCCCUUCUCUUCACCAUCUCCACCACCAAACUCAGCAAUCAACUAAUCAGUCAAAUCUAGACAGAUAUUCAAUUGGAUCAUCGACAAUUUCAAAUCAACAUGAUUUCGAGUAUCCAACAACCUUACCCGGGAUCUCUGGUUAUACUAAUCGUUCAAAUAAUUUAUGUGAUGUUGAUCCAACCUCAUCGUCUCUUGGAAUGGUGGGAACAUCACCCUCUCUCACACCUUCAUCAAGCACCUCAUCAAUGAGCUACGCUGAACUUAAACCUCGAUCUUAUUCAUUUUCUCAACCCUCAACAAGCCUCUCUACCGAUAAUUUGGUUCCAACCGUAGUCGAAGAUCACCCGUACACCUCCCGACACAACACUUCGUCACCUUUUGAUGUUCAACCCUCUUUCUCACCACCCUCAUCAUGCCCAUCAACCUCAUCCCUGGCAUCAACCAGUGACCAAAGGGAAACCAGUCGAGAUCUAUUCAGCCUAAUCAACGAUGUUGAUUAUCCAACUCUGGUCAAUCGUAAGCGACAUCCAAAUAAACACCAUGAGUCAUCAACUCGUCGAGGUCGUUUAACCAAAAAGGAGAAACUGGACAAAAUGGUCAGUGAGGAGAAACGAUUAGAAUCUGAGAAUACAAUGUUAAAAGAUCAACUUAAAGUAAUGGAACAUCAAUUUAAAGUUUUACAAACCAAAAUAACCGACAUCCUGAUCGAUGCUGCUAAACGUAAAAGUUGAACAAUUAAUCAGAUUGAAAAAUUUGAUUGGUGAUAUUUAAUUGAUAUUUUUGAUUUAACAAGAUCAACAUUGAAAUUUUAUCAUCACCAUUCAAAUGUGAAGGGGUUGAUAAAAUUACACAACAAAAAAAAAUCAGAACAUUCAAUUUAAUAACGAUUUGAACUAUCACAUAGUUAAUCAAUAGAUCAACAAUUUUUGAUUAAUGAUUGUUACUGGUGUUCAAUAUGAGACAGACAACAAAAGCAUUGGCAAUGGUUAAUGAAAUCUUUUUGUGGCAAUGGUUUUUACGAUGAUCACAAUUGAAAUUGUUAAACAAAACAAAGUUGAAAACCUGAUUAAUCUCACUAAAUUGUGUUUAACAUUUUAGAGAAAAGAAAAUGAUGAUUAUGAUUUAUCUUCAAUCCACUCGUUUAAUUCACUCACCACCUAUAACACACACACACACACAACCUGAUGAUGAAAAUGAUGAAUGGAUCUAUUUUAGAAAAGUGGACUGGACAAACAAUUAAUGGACAAUAAUUGAUGUUACAAUUUAAUUCUCUCUUUCUCCUUAAUUGAUUUGUUAAACCUCAAGGUUUAUCUUCUUGUCUACUGGUAAUCAUCAAGGAAUUAAUCAAGUUAAUCACCUGUUGUGUUGGAAACUGAUUCCAUCCAGUUAAACCUCUCAGACCUACUUAAUUAUAAUCACAAUUAUAAACAAACACAAAAAAAAUGAUGCAAUAUAUUGACAAGUUUACAUGUUUACCUGUUGAAGGCAUUUUUAAUUACAACCAAUCAACAAGUGAAGGCAAACAUGAUUGACCUGCAAUUUUUUUCUCUCUCUCUCUCUCUCCUAAUUAAUCUUUUUAUCUUUCACUACAAUUUAUUACUAAUUUAAUUAGUUUUCACCUCAGUGUGUCUCAUGUGUGUAUUAGAUUUUAUGUUUUCUCAAUUUUUUUUUUCUAUGGAUGAAAAAAAAAACAUCGACGAUCAACACGAUUAAUUAUCUUAUACAACUUAACAUUAUUAUACAUUUACAAUAUUUACAUUUUACUCUUCUUGGAAACCCACCAAUCAAAUCGACAACAAUUUAACUUAAUUGUGGAGGAAAUGAAGAUAAAGAAAAACCCCAAUCAACUAAUUAUGACAGUCACCAGAUGAACGUAUUCAAGGAAUUGGAAAUUAUUUUUUGGUAACAUUAAGUAAAUGAUUUUAAUGAAAGAAAAGGACAACAUGAUUAAUCAAAUUUUCUUAAUCAUUUUCACCAAUUUUUACAAUCAAAUUAACUUUUACAAUUAAUUACAUUGUAGUUUUAAAAACGAUCUCUCCUUCCCACCACCAAUGUAACCUUAAUUCAACUUUUAAAUUGUUGUAAAUUUACAUCAAUUGUGCUUCUAAUUGAUAUUAUAAAUUACAUGUUUAAUUGUGAUUACAUGUAUAAACCAAUUAGAAGAUACAAUUGAUUAGUGAUAGUAAUCAUUAUUGAUAAUAUUUGUAUUUGAUAUAAGACAAAAUGUGUUUUUAUUAUCAAGUUAAUUGUUAAAACAAACUUUUCUCGUCUGAAGAUGGUUAAUCAAAUUAGUUAAUUGAUACAACGUCACAUUUCCGUCCGUGUUAAAAGUUAAUUGUUGCUAUGGUUUUGUCUUGUUUUCUGACUCUUACCCUUUGAGAGAUCAGACAAAAAAAAUGAUUAUAAUUGUUAAUCACCUUGAAUUGGUCAACUUUUGGAUGGUAACAAUUGUAUCUCUAUAAUCAACAUUGCUAUGAUAGAUGUUACAAUCAACUAAUCACUGAUUAACUAGCAAAAUCAAGGUUAAUCACCAAUAUUGGCUUGAAUUAGCAACAUUGGACUUUUAAUUGCUACAAACUAUUUAUUUAACUUAUGAUUUAGCUUUGUAAUUUUUAAAUCACUUUAAACACGAUAAUUUUUGCUCUCUUUGCCGCUUAAUUAAACAACCACAAUAAAUUAAACAAUCACCAAUUAAACUAA